UGACCAGCCAGGCUGUGGUUCGUACGUCGGAUUGCGUGCAAGCAGCAGUAACAGCCUGGUUGAUCAGACCCUGAUAAACCGCGAGGGCCUCGGGGGCAUUAACCCCCGAAGCACCCUUCGGGUAUACCCUAGCCUGGGGGGGUCAAGAACAAAAAGGCUCAAUACCGUGACUGGAACAAUACACAAAUAACCCGCACAAAGGAGAUACAAGCUCUCGACAACGUUUCAGUCUGACUUGGACCAUUUACAAAGUCACACACUUCAGAAAGUUACUGUGACUUUGUAAAUGUUGCUGGUAAUUUGCGAAUUAUUCCGGGAGGUAAUGUUAUCUUUUAUGAAUCCAGUACAGCGCUGUAUAGCCUCUGUGGCUUAGCGCUUCUUGUUGAUUAUAAUAAUAAUAUGAAUCCAGUGCUCCGGCGGCCGGGUUCACACGGUCCUCGAACUGCUCAGUCUUAAUACCCAACAAUAACAUCAACAGAGAAACAUGGCAGCAAUGGAAGGACUGAACGUCGAGGCUCUCACAGUAACUCUCAACACGCUCAGAACACUAAGGAGCAGUGCUACACUCUUUUUUAAAAUAGUGUCAGAGGGAGCUAAAGAAGAUAAUCUUACUGAAGGGCAGAAUAAUUUUUCAGAGAGAGCAAUGAAGGUUAUGGCUGAUGUCAAGACUCACCUGCGAGAGUUGGAGACACAAGUGGCAGGCCUUAGUCCACCAUCAAACCCGGUAAAUCUGGGCAACACAGGGCUCCUCUCCUUGGAUCCCACACCAGAUAAACUGCCACUUUACUACCAGCUGUUGGACUGUUACACAUGGAUGGAAAAGGUUCACUGUUACUCUACAAUAAUGCACUCUCUCUUCUCUGGAAAUAACCUCAAGAGGUCAUCAAUAUCAUCACCUUAUUCUGCUAAAAGGAGACGACCUGUUCAGUUAAACCAUAAUGUACCUCAACAGUAAGACAACAUUGGAUGGAUAAUUCAAAGUAUUAACCAGAUGUUUCCAGACAUGACGCUAAACCUGUCUCGACCGUUUGGUAACAAUGCUGUAGUCCAGGUGACUCUAGGCCGUGUGUUGAGAGCUGUGGUGACAUUCAAAGGAAUACUCAUUGAAUGGGUCGUUGUCAGAGCAUACAAUGAACCUUUACUUGAUGAAGAUGGCAAGGUUGACCUGUACACGUCAUCCCAGUACAAAGUGUUUCAGAAGGUGACAGAUAAUGCUAAUGCUGCCAUGUUGAAUUUCUGUUCUUCAGGAUUUUCCGACCUAGCCGUCCGCUCUUUUUUUACAUGGCUUCAUAGCUUCGUAUCCCUCUUCACAGAUGUUUGCAAGAGAUGCAAUAACCAUCUCCAUAAUCACAUGCCACCAACAUGGAGAGAAUUUCGAACACUAGAUCCUUUUCAUGAAGAAUGUUUAAAACAUGAGCUUUAUUAA